AUGCUUCAAAAUCCUCUUAUCGUUGUUUGCAGCAGAGGACCUUCUGGUCUCAUCUUCGCUCUCUCUUUAUAUGAAAUUUUUGUUAAGAAGAAUAUCUUGGGAAAAAUUUUCAUUUAUCAUGAACAUUAUAAAACUCAUAAUACUAAAAAUCGACUUUUUUUGGUCAAUGAGGAUGAAUUUUUGCGUCUUCCGCAAAGUGUCCGUAAACACGUAUAUCAAUCAUCGGUCUUUAAAAACAUUUUUUCAGACCAAGAAACUGCGUAUUUUAUGAACGAGUUCGAAGACAAACUUUUGGAAUUGUUUGCAAAACUCAAAUCAAAAGAAAAUAUAAAAUUGUUUCAAGAAAGAUUUGAUCCUUCACGUGUCGAUCGAUAUGACUUGUUGGUUCUCGCAGAUGAGCAUGACAGUUUCCAGUUUGAAAAAGAAGCCAUUUCCAAAUGUUAUGAAUUGGAAAUUAAGUUUCACGUUUCCGAAAAUCAAUUGCAAAGCGGCGAAACGGAAGCCCUAUCAUUACUUCAAACUAGAUACUCGUUGCAAUUCCAACAUGAUAAUCAAAGUUUACUUAAAGUAAAUUUAUCGAAAUCCGAAUACGAAAGUAUUGAAUUUGAUCCGAGUUUGGAUUCGAUAAAGAAUAAUCCUUGGUUCAUGAAUGUCAUAAAAGAUGGAUUUGAAUUCUUUGAAGUUUAUAACUAUGACUUGGUUUCAAUCUCAAAGAACUCUGAUGAUGACUUGAAACUCGAUAUCGCGAUAUCAACGGCAGUUACGUUAGCCGAGAAACUUACCAACGGACAAACUUUAUUAGAAAUUACUCGUGAAAAUCUCGAUAAAUUCUCUAAUGCAAUGAUUAACAUUCGACAAGAUCUUGUUCAACAACUUCUUUUGACAAAUAUGGAGAAUAUUAUUUUCAAGGUUAUUUACGGUAUCAUUGAUAAAUACAACAAAAAGUGUUCAAGUGGACAAGAAAAAAUGAUGUCAUCUGUCGAUUCCUUCAAACUUAUAACCAUUCUAGAUAAAUAUCCACAAUUGUUUGAGAUCGAUCAAACCCCUGAUGAUGAUGUUGUAAAGAUUCUCAAUGAAUUAAGAGAAGAAUAUACCAAGAACAUUCAAAGUUCUACGCCAGAAUUAUUCUUGAAAACACUUGAAAGAAUUCAAUAUGCUAUGAAUUAUUUUACAAUUUUUGAAUCACAUUUGUCUUCUUUCAUCUCAGACAAUGAAUUCAAUAAAGACGAUUGGGUCGAGCUGAAUUCAUCUUUAAUCUUGCGAGACAUUGAUUCUAAUAAUUCUAAUAAGAAAGUUGAAAUAUCGGAUGCAAGUUCUGAAGAUUCUGAUGAAUCAUCCGAUGAAGAAACCCAACAAGAUUUAUCCCUUGAAGAGUUUUUCCAAAUAACUUUUGGUGAUGAAACGAUCAAUUAUGACGCUACCAAUUUUGUAACCGAUGAAUUAAGUGAAGACAUAUUUAUAACCGAAGUGGGACCUUACCUUAAAGAUCAUAAACAAGGAAUCCUUCGAAAUAUAUUUCCAUAUAUCGUAGAUAUAAUAAAUAGGACCAUCCCGUUGCAACGUAUACAAGGUUGCAUUCGACAAAUUUCUGCUUCUGACAAUAUUGAUGAUCCUUCACAAAUAUUAAAGCGGUUGUCCAAUUGUAAAGGAAGGGAUUAUCUUGUAGCUUUCUUGGAUAAGGUUCCUAAAAGUUCACUUACGAAGAUUCUCCUUUCGCUUACUCGAGCAAAUAUUCCCAUUCCAUUAUUAUUUACGAAUAAUUGUGAAUUUAGUCAAAAAGGUUUAAAGGUUUUAAGAGAAAUUCGUAAUUUAGUACUUCGGGAUAAAUAUCAUCUAUUAUUAUCCUUCAAUUUAAGUACAAGCGAAUCUACCACGCCAUUUUCGAAAAGGCUUUAUCCUAUCAUUUGCAAAAACCGUGAGGAUGAUUUAAGUCUUACUUCCGCUGGAUCAAUCGACAUUUCCUUUCAUUCCGCGUCGGAAAAUUAUGGGCGAAAGCCUGUCGCUAUAGCUGAAGUGUAUUUAGAAGAGGACCCUAACCAAAUUUUUCUCAGUUUAAUUAACGGCUUCUCAAAAUUCGCAUUUUACAUGUUUGUACACGUAAAUGAUCAAGAUUUUGAAGGUAACUCGCCUUCUAAUGAAUUAAAACGACUCACCGAAACCAUCUCGCUAGAUUCCAAUGAUUCAAAAAUAUCGGUCAUAUAUUGGAACAGACCAACAAAGAAUGAUCCUUUCAGUAAGCGCAAGAAGAAUAUUAAAAAAUUAUUCAAGUCGCAUCUCAAACCUGAGUGUGUUAAAAUUGAACAAAUUUCUAAUGACAUGAAUCAAUUUCUCGAAGAUAAAAAGGCUGAACUAACGAAAUCAUUAUCACAACCUGAUGCAGGAUUUAUUUAUCCACAUUUGGUUCUUAAAUUAGAAACUUUAGAAAAAAAAUGUUUAAACAUUUGGUUACCUGAAAAUUUAGAAGAAACAUUCGCAUAUUCUAUGAAACAAAAAAAAUUUUCCACACGUUCGGAUUUAUUCCCGGCAACAGAUUUGGAAAAUAAAAUAGAAUCAUUAAAAGAAAAGAAGAACAAAUCUCGACCACAAGAUCAUUCGGAUUAUAUUUCAGAAGAACAAAUUAACAAGAAAAUUCAUCAAUUUAGAAAUGAACAAGUCAAUCUCUACUUUAGCAAACCGAUACCAAUCCUUUUAGAAUUCGCAAAGAUAAUUAAAGAAAAUGAGAUAAUUGAAAUGCGAAAAUUUGCUGGUUUAAUCGAUAAAUUCUUCAAGGACCAUUUGGUCGAGCUUCAAAAAUCAAACGAACAUAAUGAGUAUGCGCACAAUAAGCAAAUGCUUGAAGAAAAUGAUAUAUCUGUUCAUGAUAUUUGGAAGGAAUUUAUUAUAUUAUCAAAUAUAAAAGAAGAAAAGUAUAAGAAGACGACUGUAUUGGAAAAAUUAUAUGAUGUUGCACCGCAAAAGUUAUCCGAGGCAUUUACAACGUGGAUCAUUGAGGGGGAGCCUAUUCAGAUACUUGAUGGAAUAUCUUUAAAACCACUUCCUACAAAUUUUUUAUCAUAUACAUUAUGCAACAUCAUGUCCAAUACAAGUCGAAAGCUAAUAAUAAUUUCAAUAAUUGGAUUUGAAAGUUCCGGAAAAUCGACUCUUUUAAAUUAUUUAUUCCAAUGUAGUUUUGCUACAUCAGCAACACGAUGCACAAAGGGAUUGUAUCUAAGUUAUCGAAAUACAACUUUUGAUGAUAAUCCGAUUGAUCUUUUAAUCCUUGAUUCCGAGGGAAUGAAUUCAACUGCGCAAAAAUACAUUACAACCCGAAACGAUUUCGAUAAAAAGUUUACAUUAUUUGCCUUGAUGUGUUCUCAUAUCAUAAUAAUUAAUACCAAAGGAUUGACUAGAGACAUUGGUGAUAUUUUAGAAGUGUCUUCAUGGCAUUUGGAUGGGUUAAGAAAUAGAAAAUCCAAACCACGACUUCACUUUGUACUUCGGGACAUGAAUAAUAACGCUAAAGAUUUUCAACCAUUUCAAGAUAUUGUUAAUAGCCUAAAGAAAAUGUUUCAACAAAUUCCUGGAUGUGUGGAAUCUUUGGAGGAUUUUAUGACUAUACAAGAAGAGGAUAUUCAUCUAUUAACAAGUGCAUUUCAUUCUUAUUCCGAUGAUUUUUGUCCAACAACCGGUAGAAUUAAUGAAAGAUAUAAUAUAAAUGUGCCAGCCGAAACGUUUUCCAAUAAAACUUCUAUUUUGCGACAUUCUCUCUUAAAUUCUGCUACAUCUCAAAAUGCUAAUUUUAAUAUAUUCAACAAUAUCCAAGGUUUUAUACCGUACAUGAAAACGGUUUGGGAUAAUAUUGGUAUACAUGGAAAUUUUUUGCACUUUGAAGACUUUAAAUCAAUAAAUGCAUGGCAUCAAAUGCGUUACUUGGUUAAUGAAAUCAAAGGAAUCGAUUUAAAAGAAUUUAGACAUCAAGCGAAAGAUAAAAUUAAUGAAAAUGUCGAAAGGUUAGAGGUAGAUCAUUCCAAAUGGGUUGAAGUUGAAACCAACGUACGAAAAGAUUUAGAUGAGCUUCAAGAUGAGUACAACAAAAUAUGUAUGAAAAAAUAUGAUUCCAAAUUGCAAAAUCAAUUUGACCUUCACAUAUUUAAUGAAGGUAAAAGACUCAUUUAUAAUAUGAUCGCAGAAGAAAGGAUGGAAUGUGACACGUUAUGGUUAAUAUCAGCUUGCGAAUAUAAGGAUUCUUGGUUAUCAGAUUGUGCGAUCAAAAAAGUUGGGAAUAAAAUUGAAAAGCUCAUAGGAAAUAGUCAUUUAAAUGAUUUAAAAUUGAUAAAAUAUGAUGAGAUUUUUGAAGAAAUUUGGAAUGAAGUUGAACACGAUAAAAUGAUAUUUGAUCAAGAUAUGAUAUUGACUUUGGAAGAUCUUAAACCUUUCAUCUCAAAAACUUUCAAUAAUGCCAUCGAAGAAUGUUAUACAAAGGUCUGUCAAAAUACCGAGAACAAAGAACAAGUAAAAUUUAAAAGAAAUUUCUUUAAAAUUCUCAAAAAACCCGCGACAUUUGAGGAAAGUAUUCGAAUGAAUCAGUUUACCAUAAAAGAAGCGUUUGAAAUUGAAAAUAUUGCAGAGGAUCCUGACACGAAUAACAAUGUGCUUAAAAAUAAAUUUAAUAAAUUUAAACGGAAUUUGAUUGGCUUUACAAGUAAUAAAACAAAUACGAAGAUAGAUUAUAAGGCCACAGCAUCCAUAAAAACAGAAAUCGCAAAGAAUAUACUCGAUAAAUUUAAUAAGGUCAUCAAAAAGAUUAAAACUGAAUUAGCAGAUAAUAAUUCUCUGCGAAUUGAUUCAACGCAAGCAGUAAAAUGUUUAGAAACGUUAUGUAAUUUUUUCUUCGAUAUUACCAACGAUGAACAUAAUGGAACUUUCAUCACAUUUAAAGAUGAUGAUUUUAAUAUCUUUGAGAAAUAUUCAAGGAUAGAAGUUUUCCAAAGUUUAUCAAAUAAUAUUGAUAAGUGGAAUGAUAAACAACAGAAAAAUCUAGAAGGCUUAAGACAAAAUCUAAUCAUAUCAUUUGAAAAAAUUUUAUCUUAUCAAUCCGGGGAAAAUAUUUCAAAAGAAUUUACCAAAUAUAUUGUACAAGCGAUAAGACCAAAGGUUGACAAGAUAGAAAAUGAUAUCACCCAAAGAUGUAAAGAAUAUAUUAAAAAAAGUUGGAAUGAUACCCGUACUGCAACAACAAAUGCUUUUGACAUGAGUUUUGGAAAGUUGGAUUUGGCAGCUGUGAACCAAUAUCUGAACGAUCCAACCCAAUACAUGUUAAACUUAAUGAAAAUGGAAUUUAUGGUAUUUUCAGAUGUGAUUAUUUAUGAUAAAUUGCAAGAAGUCGAUGAAACGAUUAGAUAUACACAUGAAACUCUCUUAAAUGACUUGAAAGAGUGGAUGGGGCUAUUUGAUGAGAACAAACAUUAUGAUGAAUUUAAACUAAGUUAUCUUCUUACUUAUUUAUCAGGGAACUCCCAUGAUCAUGAAGAAUUAACAAAUACCUUGUUUAUGAAAUAUGGGAUCGUUUUGAAGCAGAAGACAAGCUCACAUGAUUUUUCCAAGAUUCUAAAAGAUGUUACUCACCUUUUGAACAGUUGCAUUGUGCAAUAUCCAGUUUACUUUUUUAAUACACUUUUUAACGAAUUGAAAGAAGAAUUUCAAAAGCUUUAUAGAGAUUGGAAUGAUCAAGAGAGAGAGAAAGUACAAAAAAUAUUGGAAAGUACAGUGAUAGGACUAAGUGAAAAUCUUGUGGAUAAGAUUGGGUGCAAAGAAAGGUGUCCAUUUUGUUCUUCAAAAUGUGAAUUACCCAACGAUGGACAUGAAAAACAUCAUGUCACCAAUCAUUUAUUUCCAGCUUUCUAUGGUGUUUGUUCGGAACAUUACCGUCAUCCGAUUUUAUUUUCAUGUACCGAAGGUGCGGUGCAUGAAAAUGUAUGGGGUUACGCUUAUCUUGGUCCAGAAUUAUAUUCGUUGGAUGGAUUUUUGAAAAAAUUUCAUCCGGAAUGGCAUUUAUUUCAACGUUCUGCGCCAACCGAUGAAAAUAUUGUAAAAAUGCGUGCUGUUUGGUGGAAAUUAAGACAAACCUUAUGUUUAAGAAAUAAAAUGAUUGAUAAUACUGAUCCAUCAUGGGGAUCCUUGUACGGAAGUCUCAUCCCCGAAUAA